AUGUAUCAAAUUCUUAACGCACAGAGGCUCGUUCAAUUAUCACAGUUUCAUCCAAAUUUAAGGGACCUUUGGUAUUUGGUGGCAGCUGUAACUUUCAGCGUUUGUAAUCAACCUCAGGAAAUUCCCAAACUCUAUCAUUAUGCUCUGAGGUUACAGAGUGAUGAACUUGGAAGGGGUAGGGAUCCAGUGCCCAUAGCCCAUAGUACGUGCGAAUUGGUUAGAACUGAAUCCCAUAAGCUGCGGUCAUCCAUUGAUGAACUGUAUUCACAACCAUCCUUACGACAAAGACAAUUGACAAUCAAGUUUAGAGAAGCUUUGUUGAAGGCAGGUCCACUAGCUGGUCUUCCGAAAUCCAUCAAUGUUUUAAGUCAAUUGAAAGAUGUGACACCUACAUCUCUAUUGCCUGAAACUAAACCUAUUGAUCCGUGGAAAGCAGCCAAAGGUGAUGAAAACGUUUGUCCUACUGCAAGGAGACAAGAUUCACAGAGUCAAGAGGCUAUUACUCAGAGAGGUUUGGAACACUGGAAUCACCUGUAUACCAAAGUUUCCACUAGAAUUGUUAACAAUCUAAAUUCCUCCUAUCCGGACCUUUGGUAUUACAUCUUGGUUCACGUUUAUGGUCCCAUAUUGUCCUAUGACGAAAUUUUAUCUGCACAAGAGACAAGUCUGAUGGUGAUAGCUGCAUUAGUUCCGCAAGAUGUAAAUCCACAAUUGAAAGGACAUUUGAAAGGUGCUAUUAACGUUGGUUGCGAUCCAGAGACUGUCGAAGCGGCAAGAAGCAUGGCGGUUACGGUUUCCAAAUGGUGUGGGGUUAACUGGAGAUCAGAGGUGAUUAAGUUGUAG